AUGUCUUCCCACAAAGAGGAUGAUGCGAAGACCAGUGCUUUGUUCGAAUACUGCCACGAGCAUAAUGUGCACUUCCACAAGCAUGUCAUUCCUCGUAGAGUGCCUGGUCGGGGCCUCGGGAUGUAUGCAAAAGCGCAUAUUGCGAGAGGCGAGCGGCUUGCGAACGUGCCACUUACAUCUCUGUUCACUCUUGACAACAUACCGCAGAGUUUCGCAGCUAUGAAACUUCGCAGCAAGAUUCCUACACAUGCUCUUCUGGCUGCUUUCUUCGCAUUCGGUCCAGAGAAUGCACUGGCUUCAUUAGAGCCUUGGAUUGCGACUUGGCCCAGAUACUCAGAGUUUGCGCAGGGCAUGCCGUUACUGUGGCCAGAGACAGAUGGUUCUACAAUUCGAAAGACGUCACAGGCCACCUUGCUCCCACCUCCUCUGACGGGCUCGUAUAUGUCCUCCGGCGCAGGCAAGAAUUUGAGGAACAACGGGUCGACUACCUUGAUUUCAUCUUUGAGAGCAAAGAUCGCAGCACAUAUUGCAUCUUUGGAGCCAAUUCUAGAUGCCGAGACUUAUAGGGAGCUCAGCAUACCAUACUCGACCACAUACUACAUCUAUAUGCACGCAUGGCUGUGCGUCAACACCCGCUGCUUCUCCUACUCGCCAUAUGGCAAGAAACGUCCUAAAGAUCCGAAUGAGGCCAUGGCACUGUGUCCCGGCAUGGAUCUCUUCAACCAUUCUGCUGAAGCAGGCGUCGAAACGAAGCAUGAUCGGAGUAGCUACCACGCUGUUGCUACACGAGACCAUCAGCCAGGCGAGGAAAUAUUCUUCAACUAUGGUCAACAUGAGAACGAUGUACUAUGGGCUGAGUAUGGCUUUCUGCCUGACAACAAUUCAGAGGACGCCAUCAGGGUAGACACGAUAGUUUUGGAGAGAGUGACCGAGGAUCAGAAGAAAGUGCUCAAGGACAAUGGUUAUCUGGGCCAGUACUGGCUGAAUGCAAGUGGAGUCUGCUAUCGCUCCCAGGUUGUGGCUUGGAUGUUCUUAUUGGAUUUGCGGAAGUGGCAUGCGAUGUUGGCGGGAAAAUACGAUCCCGAUCGGGAGAAUGAAGGCCGGCAGGGGCAGGUACGCUCUUCCAGCGACAGGAUGACUGAGGCGCAUCUCAGUCUGUGUGCAAAGUGGGCUCUGAAGGUGGUGGAGGAUUGCGACGCGGCGCUCUCAACGCUGAAUGGCAUGUCUUCGCAGACUAUACUUGAAUUGCUUGGAGACAGAGAGGACCAUCUUCGCACCCAGGACCUAGCUUUCGACCGUGCGGACCAGGACCAUGCACACUACCACAACUAUAGGCAAGCGCAAGCGAUGGGCCGGCUUGCAAUGUGCUCCAAAAGAUGGACACAGAUACGAGAAAUGGCGCAUUCAGCACGAGAUCGAAUUACUGCUUCAUGA